UGCACGCAGUCCAAGUGUGGGGCAGACGGCUUCAUCAUGUUUUCCGGAGGUCUUCUUCUCCUGCUGGGAUUCCUCACCCUCUGGGCAGAGCUGACCCCCAUCUCCGGCCAGGACCGUCCAAGGGAAUGUUACCUUCCGAAGGUCACUGGACCAUGUAAAGCCAGAAAGCCUCGCUUCUACUACAACCCGGCUUCAAACAAAUGUCAAGAAUUUAUUUAUGGUGGUUGUCAGGGCAAUGGCAACAGGUUUAAGACCAAAAAUGAAUGCCACUACACCUGUGUUGAAAAGCCUGGAGUGUGUCGCAAGGCCCCUCCAGACAAGGUCUCCAUUUGUAUUGCGAUGUGUGAAAAUGACUGGAGAUGUCCCGGGAAGCAGAAAUGCUGCAAUUAUGCUUGCAUGCUUAAGUGCAUGGACCCGAUAUAAGCAACCCCAAUGAGGAGACCCUCCCGAAUUGGAACUACUGUUCGACCUUGACCCAAAGAUCCUUCUUCUGUCCUGGACCAUCCUGGAGCCCCUCCCCCAAAACCCACCCUGGAUUCAUUCCUUCUUCUCUGUAAUAAAG